AUGACCUCCGCAUCGGCUGCCGCCAGCUACGUCAACGAUUUGCACUAUCCAUCACACGCGCACUCGUUGGCGCAGUCGCGUCUCGCCUACAACACCAUGCCCGACGACCACGCACCGAGCACCGCAGACGACUCGGAUGAGCCGCCCUCGUUCUUCGUGCGCGCGCUCUACGACUUUGAGUCCAACGAUGCCAGCUCGCUCUCCUUCCAAAAGGGCGCGCUCAUCGAGGUGCUCACCCAGCUCGAAUCCGGCUGGUGGGAUGGCCUGCUUCACAAUCAAGUCCGCGGCUGGUUCCCCUCCAACUAUGUAGAGCCCAUCUCGGACCGCGAGGCCGCCGUCGAGCUUGCUGCCCGCGCACAGCUCACAUCCAAUUUCCACCUCGGCCUCUCCUCACAGCCCUCCGCCGACUCGGACUCGUUUGCCCGCCUCGGCUUCGGCUCCGGCUUCGAUGGCCUCCAGGCGCUCAUCAAGGGCGACGGCAUCGGCAGCAGCGACGCCUUCAGUCAGCUCGCAGAGGCCGCCAUGCUCGAUCCAUCGCGACGCGUCUUCGAUCACAACAGCCCCCAGCUGGCCGAGACUCACUCCGACGCAUCACCCUAUCGCAAUCCGUCGGCACCCAACCAUCUCGCCCCGGAAUCCUCAGCCUCUGCCUCGCUCGCUGCCUUGUCCGAACAUCGCCUCGCUCUCGAGCGCGACAGGGCCCGAGCUGCUUCCGUCUCGAAUCCCGUAGAGGUCAAUGCGGGCGCGUCUACUUCUCUCGCUGCUGCUGCCGCUGCCGCCAGCGCUCGGCCCAGAGCCGCCACUGGCUCCAACGCCACCGACACAUGGGCUCAAAACACCUCCAGCAGCCGAGGAGCACGCACAGGAGCCGCGGCAAACCAGCUCCCCACGCUCGGCGUCGUCGGCCCAGAGUCAGGCGCCGGAUCCUCGGCAGUCGCAAACCAGCCACCAUCCAUGCUUCGCUCAUCCUCUUCCGGCCAAAGCAGCACCGCAGAUGCUCAACACCUCGCGCCGGACGGCAGUCGCACUCCCUCGCUCCGCACCAACGAUUCGCGGCCGUCUUCCAGCACCAACAGCAGCCACACCGCCAUCUUCCAGAACGGCAGCGCCCCUGUACGCGCGCCCGCCUCCAACGCGGUAGAUCGCAUGCCCGAUCCUAUCACCGUGCCCAAGCCUUGGAAGGUGCGCCUCACCGACGACGAAAAGUUCUUCUUCUUUGUGCAUCGGAAGACCACCGAGAUCCGAUGGAACUACACGGACGCCAAGACCAAGCUCACCAUCCUUUCCAACGUCACCCCGCGAAGUCGCUCUCCAGCGCAGCCCGCGCGAUCCCCGGCGUCCGCAUCAACGCUCAAUGACCACACCAAAGCAGCACCCAGUCUAGGCGGAUCGCGCAGCCUUGCGCAGGAGGUCUCGGAACUCAACCUCGACUCGGACGAAUCGGAUUUGGACGCCGAUCUCAAUCCACGCCUGCCAGGCAAGCCGCCCAAGAUGGCCGCUUCGGAUGCAGCUCGCAGCGCACACGCCUCGCUCGGCGCAGCAGCUUUUGCGCACCAUCCCGCGCUGUCCCAACCACAAGCAGCGCCCGACACCCUGUCUCAGGAGGAGUCGGCCGCCUAUGACCUUCAGAAAGCCAUGGCGCCAUCGCCGGUAGCUCCCGUCAGCCUCCUGGUUCGUCGCGCAAACGAGGUCAUCAGACAGCUCGCAGCCAUUGCGACCGAGCAGGUCGGCACGAAUGGCCUCGCCGAGUCCGAUGGACCUCUCUGGAGCCCGCAGAGUGGCGUCUACCUUCCGAGGCUUGCGCAUGCCACCUCAAGCGUGGUUUCCGCCAUCCGCGAUGUCCUGUACGCCACCGGUUCGCUCUCUCUCUCAACCAGCGAUCUCGCUGCCAUCUCCAAGCUCGUCUCGCCCUCCCCAGCCGAAGCAGACAGUCGCACCGCGCUUGCGCCCGACUUCCCUCUGGAGCACAAGGACAUUGAUCUGAACCUUCUCUCAAGCGUGCUGCAAGCUUCUCACGCUUCUGCCCACGGCAAGGGUGCCUCUACUGCACUUCAACGCUGUGGCGUUUAUUCCAAGGACUCGCUUGCCCCCAUCCCGAGCAGCCUGCACCCCGUUGGUCGCAAGCUCAACGCCGUCGUCUCGAAGCUCGUGCUUUCUUCGCGCCAGGUCAUCGACCACACCGUCACACUCGCCUCGUCGCCCACCUCGAGCAUGGAGAGCACCAUGACCGACCUCGAUGCCGACGUAUUCUCCAAGCUCUAUCAGUGCCGACAACGUCUUCGCGAAGAUGCGCUCGAGCUCAUGCGCACGCUGCAGAGCCUCAGCUCCGAGGCAGAAAAGGUCAGGAGCACGGCCCUGAGUGCUCCGCAGAGCCGCGGCUGGCUGCGCAGGGUCGAGGGCAGCCUCGAGAGCGACUUGGGGCUCAACGGCAUCGGCUCUACCUCGUUCGGCAGCGGCAUGGCCGCCUCAUGGCUCGGCAACGGCUUUGUGCUUCCGUCCAAAUUCGAAGUCGCCUUGAUCAAGGCAGAGGGCAAAGGCACCCGCAAGCACAACCCUUUCGACCAACGCAGGGAAGCCGAGUCCGCAGUCGUCCGCGGCAUGCUCACGUUGCGGCGCAUUCCGGACACGCGAUUCGAUCAGCACGUGGUCAAGCAGGCCCAGCAGCUCUCCUCCCAGCUAGAAGCUACGAACGACACAAUUGUCGCCGCAGCAAAGCCGGCUGCAGCCGUCCAACCUGGCUUGUCUCUCCUGUCUCAGUACGGUGCUUUCGAGGCGCUCGUCGAAGCUAUUGACCUUGCCUCGGCUCUCGACGUCGAUGGGCCCAGUCCAGGCGAAGCCAAGUCGUCGUCGAUCUCGGCGCGGAACUUGACGAAUGCGCAAAAGGCGCGCAGCCUGAUGCGCCGCCUCGUGACUCUCAAGCAGACCGCCUACGACCUUUCCUGCUCCCUGUUCAUCGCUGUGCAGGAGCAUGGCGAGGAGACAACGACCUCAAGUGCGUCGUCGCAUCUGCAGCGAGAGGCAAGCAGGCUGACCAGGCUGGUUUCCACUGUAUCCAAGACGCUCGAGGAGCUCGUUCAGGUCGCUGAAGAGCAGCUGCGCGACGCAUCGCCGUACUUGGGCGCUCGUGCGGCGGUGCACGGCUCCGAGGAGGGCUUCAGCCUGCCAUCGACCGGUAUCUUCUCUCACAAGAUCAACACCACCAGCAACGGCCUGCACGAGGAGGUGGAGGAAAUGGCACGUUACGCAGCCAACGGUGGCCCCGACGCCGAGGAAGAGUCCGAGUUCAUGUACCUGGGCCCCGGCAUCGCCGUUCCCAACGGGCCGAGAGCCAGGUCCGGCUCUCGUGCCACUACAGGCUCGACAGGCAACUCGCCCAGUACCAGCUUGGCCCCCGCACGAUUCGGCAUGUCGAACAGCUUCCGCAAUAGAUCCACCUCCGUCACGACCGGCGGCUCGACGCGCUCGAUGCAGUCAUACACCGACGCUUCCAGCCGUAUCCUCAGCCGUCGAGGCACCUUGGUGGACGGAUCGACAGCCGAGAGCAUCGACGAGGACAGCGAAUCGGUGCGCACCGGCGGCGGCAAGCUGCGUCGGCUGCUGGGCGACGACGCGCCGCUUACGCACACCUUGACCCACGACAGCGAGAACAGCGCCGGCACCGGCAACACAGGUUCGACGCUGGCGCGUCGCAAGGAGGACGAGGUGCCGUGGUUCCUCGAGCCAGACUACAUGGGCGACGACAUUGUGAUCGCGCAGGACGGCUCGGUCAAGGGCGCGACGCUCGAGGCGCUGCUGGCGCGGCUGACGAUGCACAACUCGUUUGACGCAUCGUUCAACAACACGUUCCUCAUGACGUACCGCUCCUUCACCACGACGCAGACGCUGCUCGACCUGCUGGCGCAGCGCUUCCGCAUCUUGCCGCCCGACGGGCUGGACGAGGACGAACUGGCGCUCUGGACCGAGAAGAAGCAGGUCCCGAUCCGGCUGCGUGUGUUCAACGUGCUCAAGAUGUGGCUCGAGAUGCACUUCUACGAGGGAGAGGACGAGCCGUACCUGGACCAGGUGCGCCGGUUCGCGGUCGAGGAAAUGGGCGAGAUUGCUUCGAUGAAGGCGCCCUCGCAGCACCUGCAGCGGCUCGUCGAGCGACGCCAGGGCGAGGGCGAGCAGAUGAUCCGCAAGAUGGUGCUGCCCACGUCGGCCCCAGCGCCGAUCCUGCCCAAGAACCUCAAGAAGAUCAAGUUCCUCGAGAUUGAUCCGCUGGAGCUGGCGCGCCAGCUCACGCUCAUGGAGAGCCGACUGUACAACAAGGUGAAGCCCGCCGAGUGUCUGGGGCUCAAAUGGACCAAGCCGGGCAACGAGGUGCAUGCCAAGGGCAUCAUGGAGAGCAUCAAUACGCACAACCGCAUCUCGGCAUGGGUGGCCGAGACGAUUCUGCAGCAGGAGGACCUCAAGAAACGUGCGGCGCUCAUCAAGCAGUUUAUCAGCAUCGCCGACCGCUGUCGCGCGCUCAACAACUUUUCGGGCAUGUGGGCCAUCGUGUCGGCGCUUUCGACGGCGCCGAUCCACCGGCUGCGGCGCACGUGGGACGCGGUCUCGCAGAAGCACGUGGCGGUGUUUGAGUCGCUCGAGAACCUCAUGUCUGCCUCGCGCAACUGGGCCAACUACCGCGAGAUGAUCCACAAGCUCAACCCGCCGUGCGUCCCCUUCCUGGGCCGCUACCUGGGCGACCUGACUUUCAUCGAAGACGGCAACCGCGACCGACUCAAGGAGAAUGACCAGCUGAUCAACUUUGGCAAGCGCCAGAAGACGGCCGAGGUGAUCCGCGAGAUCACGAUCCACCAGUCGACGCCGUACAACCUGGCGGUGGUGCCGGCGCUGGAAAAGUACAUCGAGACCAACCUGGUGGAUGCCCGGUCCGCAGACGACCUGUACGAGCAGAGUCUGGCGCUCGAGCCGCGCGAGCGCGAGGACGAGAAGAUUGCGCGUCUGCUGCAGGAGUCUGGCUUCCUCUGA